AUGCUUGGAACCCCGUGGAAAGGCGAGGAAAUUCGUUUUCUUAUCGUUUGUGGCCGCGUGUGGGUCGCGCGGACUGUGAACUCCGCCCUGGCCCGACGCGCGUGGCUCGGAAGGGCUGACGCCGGGCCGUCGCGUGGGUCGGAGGGGCGGCGGCGAGCGGGAGGUAGGUACGUCUUGGGGAUGACCACUCGCACACCCCCUUUGUCGGUGUUGAAACGGCGUGUCGUCGUUGUUGUUUCACGCCGUCUGAGGGAGACUAGCACGGAGCGCGUGUGCGGGCCCAGACCGGGACCACUCGACUUGAUUUCUGCGCGACUGGGCCACACGCCGGGCGGGCACCGCCGAAACCAUCACCAUGGUGAUCGCGCUUAUCUUCAAGAGGGCGUGGCAGAGUUCGCGCGCGUCGCGGUCUGA